UAAUAAUAUCCAUGUGAGAAAACCGGUCUUUAAGGGCCAUUCUCCAUCCCUCCCUUCUUCCUUUCUCCAGUCUCCCCAUCAACUCCAAUAACACACCACACCAUACCCUCUCUCUCUCUCUCUCUCUCUCUCUCUGUGAAAGCUCUUCGGGGGUUGUCUUCAGGAAGCCAGAACUGAUCAUCCAUUUACUCUCCUUUUUCUCUUCUCUUCUCAUCUGCAGGUUAGCACUGAAGUUCUUAUCUGUCACCCUUCAUUUCCACCAACUCACCAAAUGGCUUCUCCUAUGGUGAAGUCAAAUAGGAACAUGAAGAGGUUGCAAUCGAGGAAAUCACAUUCCUGGUGGUGGGAUAGUCACGUCAGUCCUAAAAAUUCAAAGUGGCUUGCAGAAAAUCUUGAGGAAAUGGACCGAAGUGUCAGGCGGAUGUUAAAGCUAAUUGAAGAAGACGGAGAUUCAUUUGCUAAAAAGGCUGAGAUGUAUUAUCAGAAGAGGCCAGAAUUGGUUUCCCUUGUUGAAGAGUUCUACCGGAUGUACCGUUCUUUAGCUGAACGUUAUGACCAUGUGACUGGAGAAUUAAGGAAGAAUAUUCCAUCAGACCUCCAAUCCCAGAGCUCAGGCAUUUCUGACAUUGGUUCUGAGCUAACUUCUACUUGGCCCUCUCCUGUACCUGAGCAGAGGCUAUCUCAUCGCAAACCCGGGAACCGAGCUGCUGGUUUUGAUUUCUUUCUUGGUUCAGGUGGAAGUAGCUCCGAUCUUCAGAAAGAAGGAGAUGAAUCAUCCACGUUAACAGAUUCUGAACCAGAAUCUGAUGACUCCUCUGUAAACAAUUACUCAGUUUUAUUAGGGAAUGGUGGGGAUAAUGCACUCAGCAGGAAAGUGAUUGAAUUAGAGAUUGAGCUGCGUGAGAUGAAAGAUAGACUUCAGAUGCAGCAGGAGGAUAAUGGAGAUGGUUCGUAUAGGGGAGCGAGGAAUGAGAAUUUUGAGUAUCUUCUGGCCAGGAUUGCAGGAUACGAGCAAGAGUUGAAGAUUGCUAAUCAGAGCAUACAGCAUUCUGAAGAAGAGGUGGCUAGAUUGAACAUUGAACUCCACAGGUAUAAAUCGUUGGAAGCCGUCAACAGUUUGCAGAAAGAGUUCAUAUCAUCCAAAGAUGAAAAUGUUAAAACUGAGGACAGUGAGCUGGAAUCUGAGAUAACUCAGGCAUCGAAGCUUAAAGAAAAUACUGAUGGACUGGAAGCUGGAACUGUGGAUUCCGAUAGCAAGAUUCGGGCACUGACAGAUGAACUUAGAAUCACAAAAGAGAAGCUACAAUAUGCUGAAAAAGAAAUCGCUAGUUUGAAACUUCAACUUGAGAGCAACAGGCCUUCUGAAAAAGUCGACAAUUUGCAGGAUCAACUUAUUUUGGCUCAUAAAGACAUUAAUACAUGGAAAACCAGACUCAAUGCAGAAAAAAGGGAGGUUUCCAAGCUCCAAGAAAGAAUUGCAAGGUUGAGAACUAGUUUAUCUGACAGGGAUCACGAGAUCAGAGACUUGAAAUUAGCAGUAUCUGAUGCUGAGCAGAAGAUCUUUCCUGAAAAAGCACAGAUAAAGGCUGAAAUAUCUAAAUUGUUGGAGGAACGGACCAGCUUGGAUGAGCAGCUCAGAGAAUGGGAAUCACGCUGCCGUUGUUUAGAGGAUGAUAUUAGAAAAUUACAGACUGAAAAGUCAGAAACAGAGGAAAGACAUUACUCUGAAAUCAAUCAAUUGAAGGCAGAAACUGUGGAACGAGACUGUCAUAUUGAAAAUUUGAACAAAAGCCUUAAUGCUUUGAAGUUGGAGAGAGAUGCAUUUAAUGCACAAGUUGUUCUACUCAAGGCAGAUAUAAUAUCUAGAGAUGAUCAGAUUAAUCAGAUGGAUAAUCAUUUACAGCAAUUACAUAUGGAGCAUGUGGAGCUCAUUGCCGGUGCUGAAGAAGCGCGUAAAUUGGUGUAUACGUUAAGAUCAAAAGCCAAUGAUUUGGAGAAAGAGGUUGAAAGACAAAAGAUUGCUAUUACAGAAGGAGCGGAAGAGAAACGGGAAGCUAUCAGGCAACUGUGUUUCUCACUGGAACAUUACAGAAAUGGGUAUCAUAGGCUGCGCAAGGCGUUUGUCGAGCACAAGAGAUUACCAGUUUUAGUAACAUAAGUUAAUGUGAGAUUUUUCUACACUGCAUUUCUUAUGCCUUAGGUCUGAGUUUGCCCAGAUUCACUAUCGAUAGCUAGAUUAGAAAUGUCUUCUCCUCAUGGUUUGUCACUUUUAUGUAUAAAAAAAGAAAGAAGAAAAAAAAGAAAGCAAGUAAUAGGGUUGACAAAGAUCUGUCCAAUCCUCAUUUACUUUGAUAGAUGAGGCUUCUGUUUCUUCUGCCUCUAGUCUUCGUACAAAGUGAGCUUGAUGUCAAGUGGCCUUUGCUUCUAAAGGCAGAGAAUGAAGAAAAAUAAUAUUUGCUAGAUUUGCAUA